GUCACAACAACACGCAUUUUUUGUAUUUUUAUCAGCUGUGGUUUAUGUGGUUGUGUUGUUUUUGUGGUUUAGAGUGUUUUGUCUACAGUGCUAGAGCUGCAGUUUUUUUCUGUUCACUUUUACUCGUCUUUGCUCAUUUUUAUUUCUCUAAACUUAAAAAAUGGAGGAUUUAUAUGACCCUGAAGAAAAAAUCUUGUGUCCCUAUAACAAGUCCCACCACAUUCGGAGAUGCAAAAUGGCUUUUCAUUUGGUCAAGUGCAAGAAAAAUUUUGGCGAACAGAAAAUGAUCCCUUGCGACUUUAACGCCACUCAUAUGAUUCCGGAGCCCGAAUUACGCUACCACCAUCAGAUUUGUUGCGACCGGAAAAAAGUUGAGGCCCCCAUUGUGGCGGCGCAGAAGAAGUCAAACCGAUUCCCAAUUCCGAAAAUCGACGUGGCUGUGGAGGAAAGUUGGGAUGAUUUGAAUGUUCCCACAUAUGACCCUAAAGCUUAUAGUGAAAAAAGUAAUGUUCUUCGGCAUCUCGAUGUCGAGUCAAGUGCGAAAAGAAGAGAAUUCCGUCUUAAUGAACGUGCAAGACUGAGUCAGCUAAGUGAAAAUACUCCAGCGCAGUCCCAAACGUAUACUGUGCAACUACCACAGCACCGCCCAGUCACCAAUAUUACGGAAAAUAAGAUUAAUCGUGCCAACAUUCAAGAAAGGAUUAGUGCCCAAGGGAAAAAACCGUUUCUGCAAUUCAAUAAGAACGAGUAGCUUUUUACUCGCAAUUUGCAAUCUCUAAAUUAGGUUUUUUAUUUUUGACUUAAAAUUAAUAAGUAAAUCUCUAUUUUUAAUACCAAAAAUGUUUAUGAAAAAAAUGUACUUAGUGACAUGUGUUACCAACCUUACCACCCUUGUUAACCACCAUUACUGGUACUACUGUCAGUUUUUUGUAAAAUUUUAUUCUAAAUGAGUAAAUAGUUGUUUAUUUAUCUAAAAAUGGAAGAUCUGUACGAGUAAGUACUCAUUUGUUGUGUUUUAAGAGCCAUUAAACAAUGAUUUAACCAUCAA